CAAUCAAACAAGUUAUUCACUGGUUUAGUGAAUAAAACUACCUUACGAAAACAAUCAUACAAUGGGGAUCAAACAUUGUUGUUGCAUCUUGUAUUUUACCUUAGCACUUGUCACUUUGGUGCAAGCUGUACAUCCUGGCCAAGAGAUCGAAUUACCUCCACCUACCAGGAGGAGCAUGCAAGCAUGUGAAGCAGUGAACAUAAUGGACCAGUGCUGGAGGUGCAAAGCAGACUGGGCGGACAAUCGACAAGCGAUGGCCGAUUGUGCCCAAGGUUUUGCAAAGGGGACUACAGGCGGAAAAGGUGGUGAUGUCUACGUUGUCACCAGUGAAGCGGAUGAUGAUCCGGCAAAUCCAAAAGAAGGCACACUCCGGUUCGGUGUCACCCAAGGCAGGCCCUUGUGGAUCACUUUUGAAAAAGAUAUGGUGAUUUCUUUGACUCAGGAGCUCGUGGUAGCCAGCGACAAGACCAUCGAUGGUCGAGGGGCGAAAGUUGAGAUCACCAACGGGGGUCUCACCCUUAUGGAUGUCAAGAACAUAAUCAUUUCUAACAUAAAUGUCCACGAUGUUGUAGAGCUUCCAGGAGGCAUGAUCAAGAGCGGAGAUGGUCCAGCAACACAAAGACAAAAGAGUGAUGGUGAUUGUAUAACUGUUGCUGGUGGUAAACAAAUAUGGAUCGACCAUUGCUCGUUCAGUAAGGCUUUCGAUGGGCUUGUCGAUGUCACCUUGGGCAGCUCACACGUAACCGUUUCCAACUGCAAAUUCACCCAACACUCAAAAGUCAUGUUGCUUGGGGCUGAUGACGGCCAUCAUCAGGAUAAAAACAUGGUUGUAACGGUUGCAUUUAACUUGUUCACCGACAAUUGUGACCAAAGAAUGCCUAGAUGUCGAUUCGGAUUUUUCCAAGUUGUUAACAACAACUACGACAGAUGGGGAACUUAUGCCAUCGGUGGUAGCUCGGCCCCAACUAUACUCAGCCAAGGGAACAGAUUCUUGGCACCCGAUGACGCCGCCAAGAAGAAUGUCUGUGUGAGGGCUGAUGCACCUGAGUCAGAGUCGAUGACCUGGAACUGGAGAACGGAAAAAGACGUGCUUGAAAAUGGAGCUGUCUUUGUGCCAUCCGGAUCUGAUCCAGCGCUAACUGGUGAACAACAAGGAGGCAUGAUCCAAGCUGAACCAGGAGAAAACGCUCCAAAACUCACUGCUAGCGCUGGUGUACUCACAUGCUCGCCUGGAUCACCUUGCUAAGCACCCAAAUUCUAUGCUUCUAUAAAGAUCAUAAAUGUAUCUUUUUUCUAUGUCCCCAUUUUUGACAUUUUAUAUGUACUAAGGUAAUGGAAAUGAACCAUUACCUUCUAGUAUACCAUAAACAUGUUUGAGUGGACUAGUGUCCAAACAUGUUGUUUUGUAUUCAUAAGAUUUUGUUGAUAAACGUAUGUACGUUUAUCUUUUAAUGUAAUAAUUAUUUCUCGUUCAUGUUUUAAUACUAAGCAAGUUGAAUA